AUGCAUCGACGAUGUACCAGAAUCCUGAGCGUUCGGGAGGAUAGUCGUGUAGUGUCCACAGCCUCGAAGGCUUUCCUUGGACAAGGACGAUGUGGGCAAUCUCUAGAUCUCCUUGUGAAGUCUAGAGAUCAAUGAAAUGGGUCGUCGAAUUGUCUUCGGUGGCUGUCACCCGGUGGAGCGAAAAAACGGCGACUUUGCGACUCUCUGGCGACUGUCACCCGACGGAGAGGAGCUAGAUGGAGGUGGGGCGCAUGUCAGGGAGCUUCAUCCUCAGGUCUGCGUAGCAAGAGGAGGCUCUUCAUCGCAUCUAGUACGCUCUCAAGAGGUGGCGACUCGUCUCUCGGCAGAUCGUCCUUUUUUUGACGACAGCUUGUUCAUCGAUCAAUUGGAGAUGCUUUACUUGAUGGAUUCACGAUCCUUUUAUCGCGAAUCAUUAAGCAAUUUUAGUAACAAUGCUCCGCGAAUUGCGUUGAUGAGAUUUUCGCCGAUGAUCCAGCGAUUCUGGUUGCUUAAUCCUUCACUAGUGAUCUGCAAGAAAGUCACGAUAAUUAGAUAAAAAAUAUGAAUUUUGACUCUGAGAGGAUUUGAACCCGCGCCGGUUGCCCGUCCUUUCUAGGGAAGGUGACGCGGGUUUAGUCCCACAUCACUUGUGUGACAAAGUGUCUGGUGAAUAUAUAGUAAUAUUACAUUUCUUGUCAAGUCCCUUUCUCGCACGCGUACAACCACUCCUUGCCCACAGCCGGCUAGCCACCAGUGACGUGGAAGGGGAGUGGCGUACACGUUCCCCCAUCGGUUCAAGUCGCUCGAGCCCCUGCUCGCGACAACUUCCCGACUGCACUUUCGACCUACUUGUAGGCUCGGCUGGCCGGCGGGGUCCCCUCAUUUUGUCUUUUUUUUUUAUUUUAAUUUCUUUUUCUUCAUUUAUCUCAAAAGUUAGACUAUAAAAAUCAUAUAAAUUCAUAUAAAAUCACAUAAUUACCCAAAAAUUCACGUUAAACAAUUGAAAACCACUUUUCAAACUUUAACACAAAUAUAAGUUUAUCUAUCAUGAGUUAAGAUUAAAACUAUAUUAUUUACUAAUUAUUAACUCAUGAUAAUGAAGACUUAUCACCCCCCAACUUAAAAAUGACGUUGUCCUGAAUGACAUAGAAAAAUCAGAAAGGAAUAUGCAAAAAAUAUAAUUUACAAGUGAAGCAUGCAUAUAUGUCAAGUUAAGCAGUAAAAAUAUGGUCAUAAAUAAUAAAGCUCAAAAAGACAUCACCUUAAGCUCAUUUUUAAUUUUUCACUUUAUCUUACACUUCUCCUCCUAGACUUUUUUGAGAAAAAAAAUAAAUGUAGAAACAAAUACUACGAAAUUCUAAGAAAAUAGAACUUAAAAUAAAAAUUAAAUAAAAACUAUGGGUUGCCUCCCAUGCAGCACUGAAUUUAAUGUCUUCAGUUGGUGAUAACUUGUGAAAACUAUAUGCUAAUCUAUUAUCAAAUCAGGUAGAAUAAUGCAUAUUUGAGAACUAUUUCACAAGUUAUCAUGUUAGUUAUUUUAUUUAUUAUUUAAAUGAACCUCUAAAUCUUAAUUUAAAUUGAUAUUUUAUGAAAAAAAAGAAAAUUAAUAAAUAUUUAUUUCAUAUCUUGAGACUUAAUUCUCAUUUAUUUUAUUUUAAAUAAAAUUUUAUUGUGUUAAAUUUUUAUGAUUAAUUGAAAUAUAUUUUAUGCAUUUUUUCUGAAAAUUUUAGGCAUUAAAAUAAAUAUAAUCAGAGGUGGUCAUUAUUACAUAUGCUAACACUCGCAUAAAUUUACUAAAUGUAUCUUGUUAUUCUUUUCAGAUCUAAUAGUAGUGCGAUAGUAGUGGUCAGAUCUGACGCACCACAUGAAGCUACGUCACUGCUGCCAUCAUAACAAAAAGUAGCUCUAGGAUCCAAUGGCAACCGCUAAAAGUAGCUGUCAAUCUAAUGGUGGCUAUCCUCACAUCCGACUCACACAGAUUCUGAUAAAGCAUGCACAAAAGAAGCGAGAGCCAAUGGAGAUCUAACUAUGAUUAUUGGGCCACAUCACCCCUCAAAGCAAAAUGACGGUGCGAGGAUCCAACCAUCUUCAUCAAUUCAUGCAUCAGAGGAUAUAUUUAUAAAUAUCAAUUAUUAUCUGGUAAAAUAGACAAUAUUGAUUAUUCUCUCACACACAUGGAAGGGUAUAUAUUUAAAUAUUAAUUAUCAUCUCGUAAAUAGAUAAUAUUCAUUACUACCGCGUGAGAAGAAAAAAUCAGAGAAAAAUCAGCAAAAAACAGCAGAAAAUUAGAAGUCAAAACAAAAAAUGUGAUAUGUGGAUUUUGGGGACAAAAAGAGGAAGAGGGGAGAGAAAGAGGGUCCUUGAUAAGUCUUCAUUAUCAUGAGUUAAUAAUUAGUAAAUAAUAUAGUUUUAGCCUUAACUCGUGAUAAAUAGACUUAUAUUUGUGUUAAAGUGUGAAAAGUGGUUUUCAGUUGAUUAAUGUGAUUUUUUGGGUAAUUAUGUGAUUUUAUACGAAUUUAUAUAAUUUUUACAGUCUUACUUUUGAGAUAAAUGAAGAAAAAGAAAUAAAACUAAAAUAUUGCAAAAUGGGGGGGAGACCCGCCGGCCAGCCGGGCCCGCAAGUGGGUCGAAAGCUCAGUCGGGGUGUAGCCGCGAGCAGGGGCUCGAGCGACUUGGACUGAUAGGGGCACGCGUGCGCCGCUCCCCUUCCACGUCACUGGUGGCCAGCCGGCUGUGGGGCAAGGAGUGGUCGUACACGCGAGAGAAGGAACUUUGCUUAGAAGCUAACAUUACUAUAUAUUCGCUCGAAAAAUCGGCGCACAACUGAUGUGGGACUAAACCCGCAUCACACCUUCCUCAAAAGGGGCAGACAAUCGGCACGGGUUUGAAUCCUCCUAGAGUCAAAAUUCAUAUAUUUUUAUCUGAUUAUCGCGACUUUCCUAUAGAUCGUCGGUGAAGGAUUAAGCAACGAGAAUCGCUGGAUCAUUGGCGAAAAUCUCAUCAACGCGAUUCGUGGAGCAUUGCUACUAAAAUUGCUGAACGAUUUGCGAUAAAAAGAUCGCGAAUCCAUCGAGUAAAUCAUCUCCGAUUGAUCAACGAACAAGCCGUCGUCGGGAAGAGGACGAUCCGCUGGGAGACGAGUCGCCACCUCCUGAGAGUGUACCAGAUGCGAUGAAGAGCCUCCUCUUGCUGCACGGACCUGAGGAUGAAGCUCCUUGACAUGUGCCCCACCUCCAUCCAGCCCCUCUUCAUCGGGUGACAGCCGCCAGAGAGCCGCAAAGUCGCCGUUUUUCUGCUUCGCUGGGUGACAGCCGCCGAAGACGACUCGACGACCCAUUUCAUUAAUCUCUAGACUUCGCGAGAAGAUCUAGAGAUUGCCCACGUCGUCUUUGUCCAAUGAGAGCCUUUGAGGCCGUGGACACUGCACGACGAUCCUCCCGAAUGCUCAGGAUUCCGGUGCAUCGCCGACGCAUCGCCGUCGUGACGCCGGAACUCUGUUUUCCUGCUUUCAACUUAAUUUAUGCUUCAUUUAGUGAUAGUUUUUGUGAUUUUAAUUUACCAAAAUAUACUUUGUUCUAUUACGAUUCUUCCGACUUUUAUAGAUCUUAAUUUGAUUAAUUAAAUCGUCUGUAAUCUCUAACGUAAGAAUCGCCGGGCGGAACUCUGUUUCCACCCGAUUCGCGUUCGCCGGGCGCUGACGUCAUCCUGACAUCCGCACCCUUAUUUCUUUUUUUCGUGAAUUUUAAAUAUAUUGCCUUUUCAUUUAUUAGUAUAAAAUUCAUAUAAAAUAGUAUUCUCUCAGGAAAAUUCUGAAUAAUUACCAGAUAUUAUAUUACAUCCUUGUGAUCGACCUGGAAAAUUACUGCUUUUUUUGGAAGUUUGAUUGAAUUAUAAUUGAUAUAUUUGUUCAGAAAUACUUCUAAAUAUCCAAAAAUUCGUAUUUUCUAGUUUUAUUAAUUUUAUAUUUGUGUGAUUUAAUAUACAACGACUAAGUCACGUCAAAUUUUGGCGCCGUUGUCGGGGAUGUAUUGCAUAAUAUUAAGUAUUUUUCUAUUUUUCUCUUAGAGUACACAAAAAAAAAUUAACUCUUGUUUUAUUUUCUUUUUGCCGAUUUUGUUUAGAAAAAGGGAACGAAAAGAAGCAAGGCAAGGACUGGAGCAUCCUGAAGGAGGGUAAAAAUUACUAAAUUUUUCCAUCGAAUUUAUUGAUUUUUAUGCAUGGUAGAAGAUCCUUGCAUCCAAGGCUAGAAACUCCUUUCAUUAUUUCAUUCAAAACUAAAAAUCUGAAAGAAAAAUUAAUUUUGGAUGGAUCCUGAAGGAAGUACAGGUCAAACUGAGAACAAUCCUAUGGCCAUGAAAAAUUAUUAUAUCCCUGAUUCAUUUCAACGAGCAUCCAAUAUUAGAGUCCCAUUAGCACCCAAUGUUAAAUUCAAAAUAAAUCUAAGAAUUUUUCAAAUGCUCUCUAAUUUUCAUGGAUUGCCUUUAGAGGAACCUCAUCAGCACUUAGAAAAAUUUCAUAUGGUCUGUGAUUUAGUUAAUCUCCCUCAAGUUACACCGGAAAUUAUUAAGAUGAAAUUAUUUUCUCAUACACUAUGGGACAAAGCUAGCCAUUGGCUAUCCACGUUAGAUAGAGAAUUAACUAGCUCGAAAGAUAUAGAACAGGCCUUUCUUUGAAAAUUUUAUCCCUUAGGAAAAACUCAAAAUAUGAGAAAACAUAUAUGGAGUUUUUCUCAAAGACCAGGAGAAAUUUUACAUGAGACAUGGGAAACAUUCAAAGAUUUACUUAGAAAGUGUCCUCAUUAUGCUAUACCCAAGUGGCAGCUCAAUAGAAUUUUUUAUGAUGGAUUAUUAGAACAACAUAGAAAUAUGGUUGAUUCUAUAUGUGGAGGAGCUUUUAUGGAGAAAACCCUUGAUGAGAUUUACAGUCUUUAUGAGAAUUUAAGUGAAAAUUCUAGAGAUCAAGCCUCUUUUGAAUUAUAUGAUAAGGAUAAGAAUAGAGGAAUUUAUGAAUUGCAUCAUGAUGAUGAUUCUAAAUUUAGAAAUGAGGUUAAUCAGAUUAAUCAAAGAUUAGAAAAACUUGAUUUACUUAUUGACAAUAUUAGAAAGCCUCUUAACCCUCAAUUUAAUUCAAAUAGUACAUGUCUUAUGUAUGGUGAAAAUGAUCAUUUCGAAUUUCAAAAUCAUCAUAGGCAAGAACAAGUGUAGGUACCCCACGAUUUUAGUAAUAAUAGGGAAUAUUUUUCUAACUCUUAUAAUCCUAAUUGGGGGAAUAAUUUUUCGUGAAGAAACCCAAAUAAUAUUCAAAAUCCAGAAGCACUUAGAUCCAAUUCACAUUUUGAAUUUCGUCCAAAACAGGAACAUAGAUUUCAGAAAAAUCAGUCCUCUCAAAUCCAACCUGAUGCUAUGGAAAUGAUGCAGCAAAUGAGCCAAAUGAUGCAACAAACUAUAAAUCAAAUGAUGCUGCACCAGAAACAAAUUAUAGAGGCUCUUGGGAAUAAGAGAGAAGAGGGACAGCCACCUAGUCAGCCCAUAGAAAAUUCAAGAAACUAUCCAACAGUAGGAUUUCAGCAAAGAGAGUCUAGCUGGAUAAAUUUAGAAAAAAACCCACGAAAUGAAAAUGUUAGGACAGUGAAUACAUUGAUUGAGAAUAUUUUACUUGAUCCUUAUUUCCAAUUAUUAGAAGAAAUUGAUGAGCCAUUAGAAGUGAAUGAGAAUAUUAAGGCCGAAAAUAUAGUAGCAGAAAAUUUGAAUAAAAUCAUUUAUUGCUCACAAUUGAUGAAUGAAUAUAAUGAGGAUGAUGAGGAGAAAGAGCCCUUAGAUGAAGAAACAACAGCUGAUCAUGGAAAAAUCAUCCAAAUUUUAGUAGAAGGGAGUAAGGACACAAAUGAAGAAAAACAUAUUUCAGGUGAGGAAAAAUCAGUUGAUUUGGGAGAUGUAGGAGACAAAAUUAAUAAACCUAAUCAUAAUUUUGCAGCCAUGGAUGUUGAUAGUGAGGAUGAUGAUGUAUAUCAUAUAUCGAAAUUAAAAGAUAGCUCUUGAAAAGAUGAAGAAUUUGAUGAGUUGAGAAACGAAAAGAUAGAAAAAGAGUUGAUUCAACUAAUGGAGAGAAACAAAAAUAAUGAAUAUGAAUAUCGAGAUAAUUUUGGAGGAGAAAAUUUGAAUUUUACUGAAUUCAUUAGAUCUGAGAUUAAAGAAGACAAUCCUUCCAUCCUUCAAAACCCAUAGCCUAUUAGAAUUAUUUCUAAGCUUGAAAUAUUUCACUCCUCACAAAUUGAACAAAUAUGUAUGAAAGAUAAAACAGAGCAGGGUAAGAUUAUGAAGAUAAAAGAACACAUUAAGAAAUGGGUGAGUGGAAGAAUUAGAGAUAUCAAUUUAGAUGAAAAAAUUCUAGAUUGGGUAAGAGCUAAUUUGAAAAUUAUAUGGCCUGAUCACAUUUUAUGGUCUAUUAAUAGAAAGUAUUUAUUAAUGAAUGAGAGUCUUACAAAACAAGAUAGAAAUGAGGAAAGAUUCUUUUCAAAAUGGAAAUAUUAUUUUUGGGAAGAUUUUGUUAAUUUGCAUUUUUUUUUGGCUGAAAGUAUGUCAAGGUAUAUAUAUGAAGUAUAUGAAUUUAUGCUAAAUCUGAAAAAGAAUAUCAUGAAACUUACCUUGGGAUACAAAUAUAUUUUGAUGGCCAUAGAUCAUCUUAUAUGAUCUAAGAGCUGUCCAGCUGAAGACAUUAAAUUCAGCACUGCAUGGGAGGCAACCCAUGGUUUUUAUUCAUUCUGUUUGAUUUUUAUUUUAUUUUUAUUUUUUUUUAACCUCUAUUUUUCUUAGAAUUUCGUAGUACUUGUUUCUGUAUUUGUUUUUUCGAAAAAGUGCAGGAGGAGGAGUGUAAGACGAAGUGGAAAAUUAAAAAUGAGGUUGAGGUGAUGUCUUUCGGAGCUUUAUCAUUUAUGACAACAUUUUUAAUGCCUAACUUUGCAUAUAUGCAUGCUUCACGUGAAAAUUAUAUUUUCUACAUAUUCUAUUUCGAUUUUUCUGUGUCAUUGAGGACAAUGUCAUUUUUAAGUUGGGGGGUGAAGUAUUCAUUAUUAAUUUAUGCUAUAAGACGAUUAAGAACAUGUGUUUGCAUUUUAUUCAACUUAGAACAACAACUAAAAAAAUAAAAAAUAAAAUAAAAUUCGGAAAAAUUGCAACAUCUAUUUUCUGGUCUUCUGUCAGGAACAACAGACUAUCAAAAACAGCAGAUGAAAAAACAACCCAAAAUUUGAAAUUAUAGAGACCCUUUUCUCACAUUUCAAUCCCCUAGACAUAUAUUACUGAAAUUCGAAAUUACAGCUAUAAAGAAGAAAGUUUUGAUUUAUUUUUGACAAAUUUAUUACUGCUAAAAAUAGAACUGAAAACAGAAAACAGAACUGUCAGAACUAUCUAAUUUACAAAUUUCUUACAUCAUAUUGAAUGCAUGAAAAAUUAAAUCAACUAGAUUGAUUGAUACCAAAAGAUACUAGGAAGAUUAUUAUUGAGUCAAAAGAAUGAUCUAGUAGCAUGAAAUGUUGGAAUACUCCUUGGAUACAUGAUAGAUAACAUGGAUUUGAUUUUACAGAUUUUCACUUCAUGAUCUUGAUAGAUAAUAUUUACUUGAUGUGAAAAUUUGAUUGAUCAUUUGAGUUUAAUGGAGAUUUUUGCACCCUGAUCUAUAGGACUUGUGAGGAGAAAUCACUUAUUUUGGAAAAAAAAAGAGAGAGAGCAAUGUGAAAAAUCUAGAAAUGAAGAGUACACAUGGAGGGUGUGAGACAUCAUUCUCAUUGUCGAAAAUCGUGUAUAGAAAAAUGCUUGCUGCAAAAUAAGUCGAUAAAGUGAAAGCCCUGAAAAUUAAGAGUACACAUGGAGGGUGUGAGACAUCAUUCUCAUUGUCGAAAUUUGUCUAUAGGAAAAGCUACUUAUCCACUAUAAAAGAAGGAAGAAAUAUAGUGCAAACUUCAAAAAUCAAGCCAUGGAAAAAGGAAAAUCUAGGAUCAAUAUUAUUCUUGGAUGAUUAUUGAUAAUUGGAACAUCUUGUAAAUAUGUCUAUGAGUGAAGAAGUGAUAAAGAUGUCAAUAGAAGAAGUGGAGUCUAGAUUGUUAUUCCAAGGAGUGCUUAAACAUUUAAGUGCUUGACAUCAUUCUUAAAGACUUGAUAUAAGAGUCCAAAGUGUCUAAAGGUGCAUCAUUUCUAAUUGUAUUUUUAUUUUUUUUGUAUUGAAAUAUGAUGUUUGAGAUUUGUAAAUUUUUAUUUUUGUAAUUCUAUUGCUAAGGGACUAGCAAUGAUUUAAGUUGGGGGGUGUGAUAAGUCUUCAUUAUCAUGAGUUAAUAAUUAGUAAAUAAUAUAGUUUUAGCCUUAACUCGUGAUAAAUAGACUUAUAUUUGUGUUAAAGUGUGAAAAGUGGUUUUCAGUUGAUUAAUGUGAUUUUUUGGGUAAUUAUGUGAUUUUAUACGAAUUUAUAUGAUUUUUACAAUCUUACUUUUGAGAUAAAUGAAGAAAAAGAAAUAAAACUAAAAUAUUACAAAAUGGGGGAGACCCGCCGGCCAGCCGGGCCCGCAAGCGGGUCGGAAGCUUAGUCGGGGAGUAGCCGCGAGCAGGGGCUCGAGCGGCUUCAACCGAUGGGGCACGUGUGCGCCACUCCCCUUCCACGUCACCAGUGGCCAGCCGGCUGUGGGGCAAGGAGUGGUCGUACACGCAAGAGAAGGGACUUUGCUUAAAAAGGUAACAUUACUAUAUAUUCGCCCGAAAAAUCGGUGCACAACCGAUGUGGGACUAAACCCGCGUCACACCUUCCUCAAAAGGGGCGGACAACCGGCGUGGGUUUGAAUCCUCCCAGAGUCAAAAUUCAUAUAUUUUUAUCUAAUUAUCACGACUUUCCUACAGAUCGCCGGUGAAGGAUUAAGCAACGAGAAUCACUGGAUCAUCGGCAAAAAUCUCGUCAACGCGAUUCGCGGAGCAUUGCUACUAAAAUUGCUGAACGAUUCGCGAUAAAAGGAUCGCAAAUCCAUCGAGUAAAUCAUCUCCGAUUGAUCGACGAACAAGUCGUCGUCGGGAAGAGGACGAUUUGCUAGGAGACGAGUCGCCACCUCCUGAGAGCGUACCAGAUGCGAUGAAGAGUCUCCUCUUGCUGCGUGGACCUGAGGAUGAAGCCCCCUGACAUGCGGCCCACCUUCAUCCAGCUCCUUUUCGUCGAGUGACAGCCGUCGGAGACGACUCAACGACCCAUUUCAUUAAUCUCAAGACUUCGCGAGAAGAUCUAGAGAUUGCCCACGUCAUCUUUGUGCAAGGAGAGCCUUUGAGGCCGUGGACACUGCACGAUGAUCCUCUUGAAUGCUCAGGAUUCUGGUGCAUCGCCGACGCAUCGCCAUCGCGACACCGGAACUCUGUUUCCCUGCUUUCAACUUAAUUUACGCUUCAUUUAGUGAUAAUUUUUGUGAUUUUAAUUUACCAAAAUAGACUUUGUUCUAUUAUGAUUCUUCCGGCUUUUACAGAUCUUAAUUUGAUUAAUUAAAUCGUCUGUAAUCGCUUACGUAAGAAUUGUCAGGUAGAACUCUAUUACCGCCCGAUUUGCGUUUGCUGGGCGCUGACGUCAUCCUGACAUCUGCACCCUUAUUUCCUUUUUUCGUGAAUUUUAAAUAUAUUUCCUUUUUAUUUAUUAGUAUAAAAUUCAUAUAAAAUAGUAUUCUCUGAGGCAAAAUUCUGAAUAAUUACCAGAUAUUAGAUUACAUCCCUGCGAUCGACCUGGAAAAUUACUGCUAUUUUUGGAUGUUUUAUUGAAUUAUAAUUGAUAUAUUUAUUCAGAAAUACUUCUAAAUAUCUGAAAAUUCGUAUUUUCUAGUUUUAUAAAUUUUAUAUUUGCGUGAUUUAAUAUACAAUGACUAAGUCACGUCAGUCCUCCUUUCGGAGUUAUUCUUGGGUUGUUCUUGAGCGAAAACAUUGUUCUUCUUUCUCAUACAAAAAUAGAAAUCUGAAGAGUGCAUCAUUGAUUUGGAUUGUUCCCCUCUACCCUUUUCACCUUAAAUCCAUUCUGUUGUACUAGAUGUAAGAUUGAGAAGCACUACCUAGAGGUCGACAUCAAGCCAUGCAUUCUAAGGGUUGUAAGUUUGAUUUUUAAUAGAGUUUUUAUUAUUUUCUUUUUUGAUCUGUGAAAUAAUUUUAUUUUCUUAGGCCUAAUCAUUUCUUUAAUUUUUUCUCUUCUAUUUUUAUCACUCCAAAGACAAUUUUUCGUUUACUACUUUUGAUUCAUUUAAUUUUUAAAUUCGUAUUUACAUUUAUUUGGCAUUUUAUUUCUUAUAUUGCUUUGAAUAUCAAUUUAAAUCUUCUAAUCAACUUCGUCAUUCUUUAAAUUAGAGAAUAAAAUAUUUUUAAAACCCUUCCCUAAGGAGAUAACCUAGCUCACCACUAUAUCCAUUUAAAAUUAUUAUUAUUAUAUUUGGUGAAUCUAGUUCUAUAAAUUAUUAAAAUUGAUUGAUGAUUCUAAUAAGGACUUAGAACCACAUCAAUUUUUUGUGCCAUUGCCAGGGAAGGUAA